ACUUUCUUUGCUAAUCCAUCCAGUGCAGCAUAAACUGAGAGAGGCAGGAGCUGGAAAGCCUACUCUGAAGGCUGCUGUGAACACUGCCGGACCAGCCACAGGCAUGAACGUGAAAACCGUGCUCGUCCUCCUCGGUCUGGCGUUAGCCACGAUAUUCGCUUUGGUCUGCAUGUUGCUGACCAGAGGAAGGGCCCCCAGCACCUGCCAGCACCUGCCCGUGGAGCAGGAGGACACCGAGGAUGGCCAGAGCCUGGUGUUUGCUGACCUGACACCCGAGGAGAUGGCGCAAGUGGUGCGGUACCUGCAGGGAAACCUCGGGGUGCAGCUGGUCGAUGCCUCGCGUGCCAAACCCUCGGACAACUGCAUCGCCUCCGUGGAUCUGCAGGUCCCUGCCAAGGCAGAGGUGCUGCGGUUCCUGGACGACGGGGGGGCUCGUCCCGCCCGAGAGGCACUGGCUGUGCUGUACUUUGGGAACCAGCCAGAGCCCAAUGUCACCGAGUACGUGGUGGGUCCUCUGCCAACGCCGGCGUACCACCGGGACGUGACGGUGCAGAAGUACGGGGGGAAGGUGCCAUACCACCGCAGACCGACGCUGGCUGUUGAAUACAGGCAGCUUGGAGGGUUUUUAAAGGGCCAGGUGUUCCCCUCAGCUCCAGCUUUCAUGCGACAAGUAAUGGACUAUGAUGGAGCCAGUCUUGCAGUCGUGACAGCUGCUCCCCGUGGAUUCCAGUCUGGAGAUCGGAUCACCUGGUUUGUUUUGUUUCAGAACGUGAGUGGAUUCUUCUUGCACCCAGUGGGGCUGGAGGUGCUGGUGGAUCACAGCAGCCUGGACGUCUCCCGGUGGGCGGUGAGCAGGGUCUUCUACAAUGGGCAGUACUACAGGGACAUGGUUCAGCUGGAGAGUGCCUACGUGCAGGGCCGUAUCAGCGUGGAGAAGGUGAGGAAGGCACCACGGGAUGGGGACUUCUCUUCCAUGAAGCCCCGAGCACCUUCAGCUGCACUGUUCCCACUGCAGUAUGAGCCCCAGGGUCCUCGCUACAGCGUCAGGAAGAACCUGGUCCUCUUCCAGGCGUGGAGCUUUGCCUUUGGGAUGAGCGUGAGCACGGGCCUGCGCCUGUUUGACAUCCGACACAAGGGGGAGAGGGUUGCCUAUGAAAUGAGCGUGCAAGAGGCGCUGUCCGUGUACGGCUCCAACUGCCCGGGAGGGAUGUCCACGAGGUACAUGGACGGGAGCUUUGGCCUCGGGCGCUACACCUCCCCCCUGGUGCGAGGGGUCGACUGCCCGUAUUUAGCAACAUACCUGGAUGUGCACUACCUUGCUAAUUCCCAGGUCCCUAGAAUUACUAAAAAUGCUCUCUGCAUCUUUGAGCAGAACCUGGGCUCCCCUCUGAGGCGCCACUACUCCAACUUGCAGUCGCUCUACUACGGGGGGCUGGUCAACUCUGCUCUGGUCGUUCGCUCCAUUGCCACCGUGGGCAACUAUGACUAUGUGUGGGACUUCAUCUUCUACCAGAACGGGGCCAUUGAAGGCAAGGUCCAGGCCACAGGGUACCCGAGCUCAUCCUUUCUUCAUGGGGAUGGCCUGAGAUACGGCAAUAGGCUUUGGGAACACACUCUGGGUACGAUACACACCCAUUUCAUCAACUAUAAGGUGGACUUGGAUGUAGGAGGGUUGAAAAACUCCCUGGUGGCCCAUGACAUGGCAUUUGAGAUGACACGGGCUCCCUGGAGCCCAGAGCAGCAGAUAGAGAGGCCACGACUCACCAAGAAAGUCCUGGACACAGAGGACCAGGCUGCCUUCCGACUCCAGUCAAAGAUGCCCAGAUACAUCUACUUUGCAGCCAACAGCAAAAACAAGUGGGGCCACCAGCGUGGUUACAGGAUCCAGAUCACCAGCUUUGCAGGGGACCACAUCCCUGAAGCCAGCUCCAUGGAGAGGGCCAUCAGCUGGGCAAGGUACCAGCUGGCUGUCACCCGGCGGAAGGAGGAGGAGCCCACCAGCACCAGCAUCUACAACCAGAAUGACCCCUGGACACCCACUGUUGCCUUCGCCGACUUCAUCAACAACGAGACCAUCACCAACGAGGACCUGGUUGCCUGGAUAACCACUGGAUUCCUUCACAUCCCACACUCUGAGGAUAUUCCCAACACUGUGACUGUGGGAAACUCGGUUGGUUUUCUCCUGAGACCCUACAACUACUACGACCUGGACCCCUCUAUAUACUCCCACGAUGGUGUGUUUUUCACCAGUGAGCAGGACUUCAUGGCAUGUGAAAUCAACCCUCUCGCCUGCCUGCCCAAAACUGCCUCUUGUUUGCCAAACUUUCCCCCAUUCACCUAUGAUGGUUUUCAAAACAUGAGCAGGCUUUAGUGCUACAGGAUGGUGUGAGGAGAUGCGGUCAGAGACACCAGGCUGACUGUUCUGUCUCAGAUUUUCUCAUUUUAGUGAAGUUGUCUCAAUUUCCAGUUGUGUAAUGACUUCACAUUUUACCAUUGCUUUUGAAAUAGUGCUCUUGAAAAAGGAAGCGUGAUCUUCCUGGCAUGAUGCCACAUGGGAGUCUAUGUUAUCUGUUAAUUGCUGAGUUUGAGUCUGUUUCAGGAGGAAAGUGAGGAGAAAAUCCUGUUCCUCUGCUGUAGAAAUAAGUGCUAUGUAGUGCAUAUCUCAGGUUAAAAUAAUGAAAAUGGUGCUGGUCCAGUGCUCUCGAGUGUCUCGUUCUUACAACUCACAGCAGUGUCUCCUGGGGUGUGAUGCUGGUCU